CAUCUUUGGUACUAACUUAGGUGAUUUUGCUGUAAUUUUCCCUUUUGCUGACACUUCACUGUAGCGAAAAACCAUGCCAGAGCUUUGUGCGAGUCAGGCAGAGCUUUGGCCCUGGGUCCUUGAUUUUUAGAAUGGGAGCAAAGGUCCUAAAGAGUAUGAAACUUCCACUUGUUUGAUCAAACUGGUCCUCACAAAGUGCUGACACCAGUGCCUCACAGGAAGGUAGAUGAAACGAACAGACCACAGACGUUUCUAAUAUCAGGAAUCUUGGGAGGUUUCUUUGAAGACAACUUCUGCUGGAAGAAUGGCAUCAUCUUCUCGAGAGAUCUGUGCAUUGCUGCUGGCUUUAGCAGGAUUCACCACUUUACUUGUUACUACCGUGUCCAACAGAUGGAAAGUUUUGGACACUGCGACAGAGCUGGCCACUGCAGACUGGGUUUCUGAAGGGCUUUGGAUGGACUGUGCAGCAACUGCUCUUGGAUCAGUGGAGUGCAAGAAAUUUCUGUACAUGUUGAGUUCAGACACUCAUAUUCAGGCAUGCCGUGCCUUGAUGAUUACUUCCAUCCUUCUGGGAUUCCUAGCUACAGUAGUCUCACUGCUUGGUUUGAAGUGCACAAACAUUGGGUUGAACGAUGAGGAUGGAAAAAUGAAGUUUGCUGUCACGGGAGGAUUUCUUUUCAUUUUAGGAGGUCUCUGCUCCAUGGUGGCUGUUUCUUGGUAUGCUGCAGUCAUUACUGCUCAGUUUUUUGACCCACUGUAUGCUGGAACCAAGUAUGAACUAGGAGGAGCUCUAUACUUAGGCUGGACUGGUUCUAUUCUUUAUAUCCUUGGUGGGAUCUUACUGACCUGUUCAUGCAAAGGGAAGGAAAAACAGAAUUACAGAACCAACAAAUACAGAUAUUCAGCAGGCCAGGCAGCUCCUCAGCCACACAUGUAUUCCAGGAACACUGAGACGAUCAUAAGCAACAAGGAGUAUGUCUAAACUUCCAUUUUGCAUCGCCUGUAACAUUAGUAGGUUAUGAACUCAAAUAAAGAAGUGAACUACUUCCAGGGUUCCGGUUCCAAGUUGCAAUCUUAUCUCUUAAUUCGGAGCAGUACAGGAGGAGGAGUGCUUUCCAAUGUAAAUAGGAAUGGUUUUCAGAUGUAAAUAGCUUUCUACAGAAGAUGUGACGGGAAAUCCUGCCACAAGAAGGUUUUCUGCAUGCUGACAAGGCUGGUAAAAUUUAACCAGAGCGCAGUAUGUGCUGACACUUGAGAGCAACGGUUUCCAUUUCAGCUGACUCAAACAUGUGGAACUGAUAGCUGUGUUUGACUGUGAGUUCAUGGGCCUCACAGUUAAAAAUGUAUUGUGUUUUCAUUAAUGUUUAGCUUCCUACUUUUGUUUAGCAGCUUUAGCUUUUUGACAGGAAAUAAACUUUAUUCCAUGGAUUGACUGGAACAGAUUUUUUGAUGAGUGGUAUCCUGGCAAUUAAUAAGGAUCUGAUGUAUUACUGCAAUUCUUAUUAUGUAUGAUAGUCAAGGUUUAUAAAAGCUACAAUAAAUUCUCUAGCAACCACUCACCUUCAAAUCUGUAGAUGUGCAACAAAUUUCAUGGUUAUAAUGCAGAUACCAAAAAUAAAUGAUAUGGAAUGAACCAAA